AUGCUCACAAUACAUUUGAUUCUGUUAGUUUUAGUAGGUGUAAUUGGUAUAACAUUUAAUUGGCUUCUAAUAUUAGCCAUUCAACGAAAAACCUAUCACUAUCAAGAGCCCUAUCGAAUUUCAACUCCGGUAUCAAAUAAAAAAUUAUUACAAGCGAAUUCAUCUAUUAGCGGUCAGAUAAUUCGGCCACCACUAUUACCGGCAUCACGCUCGUCAAUAUCGACAUUUGAUAAAUAUAUUCUAGCAUUUUUAAUUAACGAUAUCAUGGUUUGUAAUUUGAUUAUUCCACUACGUUUUAUUGAUUUACAACAAGGUUUGCCAUGUGGAUUUUUUUGUUUUGUAUUAAAAUUUCUGGAAAAAUUAACAACAAUUAUUGAAAUAGUGAUUAUUACUCUACUAUUAGUAACAUCAUUACUAUAUUUUUGUAAAAAACAUUUAGCAACGACAAAAUUAUAUUUUUUAUGUUUAAUUUUAAUAUCACCUUUAAUUAUCACAUAUUUAACAACAACCUUAACACAUAUUGAUAUUAGUGAAUAUGAAUAUGAACAACGGCCGCCGUCAUGUAAACAAACGUAUAUUUAUAUUAAUAAAUCAACACACAGGAGUUUAAAUAUGGCUUGUUGUUUUAUGACAUAUUUAAUUGUCUUUAUUCAAUUUCUAUUAUUAAUUAAAAUGAAGUAUGCUAUUAAAAAUUAUAAGCAAAGCAGUUUAAAAAUUCUCAGUGAAGCUGCAAAUUUGACACGCAAUGCACAACAAGAAAUAUCAUUAUUUGAUCAAAAUACUAAUGAAAAUAUGAAUCGUCGUUCAAUACAUUAUUCUCAACCAUUCAAUCAAUCCGCAACAACUUCAAUUGCUACUGAUGUAGCACUAACUACGCAACGUUCAUUGCAAGCAUUCGAUUAUUUAACUUAUUUAACAAUCGUUGAAAAUAGUCAGACUUUAAUUAGUUCAUCGUAUCUUCUGUUAUUUAUUUAUCUAUUUGCUCAUAUACCCUACUGGAUUGAUGAAUUGUCCUAUGUGCAAUUUUCAUAUCAAUUUAAAGAUGUUUAUCUUCUAUGUCAUAUACUGAAACCAUUUUGUUAUGUAUCAACCAAUGAAAAAUAUCGAUUUCAUAUAUUAGCAACUUUACAAUGUAAAACAUUUCGUAUGUUACCAAAUAUUUUACGACGUCGCUCACGCGUUGUGACAUUAAAUGAUGAGAUUACGAAUAUAAAUAUUCUUCGUAAUUAA